AUGCCUUCACAGACAUUUUUCCUCCUGGGAGAGGAUCUCUCCCUCACCAAAGACAUCGAUAUCGAUACUUCACAGUCGAUUGAUGAAGUAAAACUCUUGAUUGCUGCUCAUUUUGCCAUUGUGGAUCCAAUUGGUAUCAGCUUCCAGGGUAAAGGCGCUGUUCUUACAGAUACUUCGGAACUUGCCAGUGCAGUCGGUCCUGUGCCCAUUGCAAUUGACGGACAUGCGGUCCGUGAUCCGCCUUGCCCCAGGGCACUGCCUGUUGUUGGAACUUUCUUUGAAGUUUAUCCCGAUCAUCUCGGCAACCAUCAACGUCUUUUUGAGCAGUACGGCCCUGUAAUCAAGACAAACAACAUGGGUCGUGUCACUUACCAGACGAAUGACCCCAACAUCGCAUCCAUUGCAUUCUCCGAGUCCGACUUCUUUACCAAAAAGAUCAACGAAUCGCACCCGUUGUUUGCCCUGAAGACCCCGUCCGCUGGAGUUUUCCUCGGCGACACCGAUACCGAAGAGUGGCGGGUGGCCCACAAAUUUCUACCUCCUGCUCUCGGACCCAAGGCCGUUCGCCAUUAUGCUCCAAUAAUGCAGAAAACAGUUGAAGAUUCGUUCAAAGUCUUCGAUGAGCUUGAUGAGCAAGGAGAGGCCUGGAAUGUUUACCAGUAUAUGUUGAAGCUUGGCUCUCAAGCGGUCGGAAAGCUUACGCUGGGUUUGGACUUCCAGCAUUUCAGCUGUCCAGAUGCCCCACUUCAUGAAAUGGUCCACAAUAUUGCGGAGGUCCUUUCAUUGAACAAAAAGGUUACCUCCAAGGGCAAUUGGUAUGGGUCGCUACCAUUCGGUGACCCGAAGCGCCUCAGAAAUCUAAAGGCUCGUGUUGAAGAGAUUGUGGAUGAAUCUAUCCAGAGUGCCUCUAGAGCCGGGGUCGAUGAUCUUCCAUUACAAGAUGCAGCUUUAACUGCAAGCAACAUGGUUGACUAUGCUGUUCGGGCAACUGAUAGCAAGGGUGAAAAACUACCAAAGUCGAGUCUCAUCUGGGCUCUUGUGGUCGCUACAGGUGCCGGAUUUACUACCACAAGCUCUCUUCUGUCGUGGCUUAUCUACGGUCUCUGCACGUAUGAGGGUAUGCAGGAGCGACUUCUUCAGGAGCUGAUUGAUCAUGGCUUUGAUGAAAAUACCCAAAUGACAGCAGAGCUUACAGAUAAGCUCGACUUCCUCGACAAGUACAUCAAAGAAACUCAGCGCCGUCAUAACCCAUCAUUUCAACCAGGACGUACUGCGAAAGUCGAUCUCGUUCUCCCUGGAGGGUACAAACUGCCAAAGAACUCCGUCAUCAUUCCGGCGAUUCAUCAUAUCCACAACAAUCCGGAAAUUUGGGAUAAUCCUGCCCGGUUCAAUCCAGACCGCUGGGACACCGAAGAAGUGAAAAACAGACACAAGGCUGCUUAUAUACCAUUCGCCAUGGGCCCUCGGAUGUGCAUCGGGUUCAAUUUUGCUCUUCAGGAGAUCAAAGUCUUCUUACCAAAGCUCAUCUACCGGUACAAGUUCUCCCGGGAAGGCGACGGACCUAUUGAAUAUGACCCCAUGUUCCAGUUGAUCAGGCCAAACAACCUGUACGUGCGUGCGGAAAGACGUGUCAAAUGGCCACCAAAGUCGAGCAAGAGCAGCAGCGCCUAG